CAACUCCUCCACAUAAAACAACAAAACUCCUUUCCUCUUCUUUCUUCUCUUGUUCUUGGUUUCAUUUUUCUUCCUUUAACAAUAAUCAUACACACAACCCUAAUAACAAUAUAACCAUGGAUGGUUUGAUUCCAAUGGCGUUUAAAGCUAUGUUGAAAAACCGAACUCGCCGGCGUUACGAAUGUCUCUCUUCCUCCGGUGACACUACAAAAGAGUCAUACGAUAACUUCCUCCCCUUCUCCGAAAACUCCGAUCCCUCCUCCGUCGUAUCUCGACCAUCGUCUUCUUUGGAUCAUGUAGAGAUGAACAACGUUGCUUCUCAAGACCGUCACCGCCGUGGUUUCUCGGUCGGAGAUUUUUCUUCCAUGUCUUAUCAUGAAGGGAGAAGGUCACGUGGCGAAGGCGGAGGAAUAGGUGUUUCUCCGUCGCGGCGAGGACAGCUUGUGAGGAACAGAAGUCAUAGGUUGUUUUCUUGUGUCUCAGGUAAAUGAUUUAUCGAUACACAAAGUGUAAAACUUCAGCUCAACAAAAGAUCUGCUUCAUUUCUUUUUUUUAUGUUAAAAUUUUGUUUGUUUGUUUUUUUUUUUUGAUUAUUUUGCUCCAAAAGAUCAAACUUGUCGGCUGAUGUUGUUCUUCCUUCUUGUGAUAAUUUCCGAUAUUGAAUGUGUAAAGUUUUGGGGUUAUUUUGAUAAGAUGUACUUAUUUGGAGGGUCAAAAUAAAUUGCUAAAAAGAGUUAGUGGUCCAAUAAAGAAAUAUGUUUUUUGAAAAGGCUAGUUGACCUAAUACAGUUGACGAUACGCUGUCUUGUACACGGUGUUUGUUUGAAAAUUGCGUAUGAACGUGUUUUACUAACUAGAACAUGCAUAUAAAAUUGAAUAAAGAAAUUCUGCAUAAAACAACUUUG